AUGCUCUUCACCAGGACUCUCACUGAUCCAGGACCAAGUACAGAGCUGGUGAGGAGAUUCAGUGAUCAGCAGAUUGCAUAUCAGCCCCGGAGUAACUUAGCAAGAGGUCUGCAUGAGAAGGUAACCCUCGACAGAAAUAGGGAGGCACAGUUGAAGGGGAAUGAUGCUCUUCGCAAAUGGGAUCCCAUUAUACCGUCCCAAACCGCUGCGCCUGUAGACCAUGUCGCAGAAUUGGAGAAGAAAUUGGCUGUGCUGUACAAGCGACUGGAAGAUGCGUGGAAGAAGUUCCAAAAGGUUCACGAGAAGUCCACGAAGAUCAAGGUCCAGGGCGACAAGCCUGAUCGCAAUGUAAUCCUGGCAGCCAUCAAUAAGCAGCAAGACGCUCUGGACAAGAACCAAGGCACUGUGUCUGGUAAACUCAGAAAUGGCUUUCGCAAGGUCUGCUCGAAGAUCAAGAGUCACGAUAAUGUCAUCAAGAUUCUACCCAAAGACGACAGAUAUUUUGCGAUCUUUGUCGGAUCACUUAUAACCAUCACCGAAGCCGGUGCAAACUACGACAAGUUGAGCGAGUCGAUUGCAGAUACGCUAGAAAUGAUCGAUGAGCAGCUCACGUACUGGGGCGAACGGAUCGACAAACACGGCAAUCUCAAGAUGCGCGAAUAUCAGAUAGGUAUAUACGUGGUUCAAACCGAAAUGCUCUGCGAGAUAUUCGACCGGUGGUCCAAAUCCAAAGGGGCCCGCUUACUGGCGUCCUUCAACCAAGAAGCCGUCGACGACAUCGUGGGCAAGAGCAAAGCAGAGUUGAAAGAGCUUGAAAAGAAGCUCAAGGCCGAAGAAGGCGACAUCAAAUUCGAAGCGGGCAUCAGAGAAACUCAGGGUGUCGGCCAGCAGGUAGAAGGCGUUGGUCACAAGCUAGAAGGCGUCGAGCAGAAGGUGCAAGUACUUGGGCACAUGUCUGCGACUUUUGCGAACGCCCUUAAUGCUGAGCUCAAGGAUACGCAGAAACUGAUUCAGGACAAUCAGAAGGCUCAGAGCAUACAGAUUGGCUAUUCGAUUCAAACUCUCCUUGAAGAAUUCAACCUCCUGAAGGCCACUGUCAACGCGCAACUCCUACCGGCCGGAAAUGCUCUGCCGAUGCUCGAAGGUCCCAGAGGCUUUGUCGAAGGACCAGCUUCGCAAAUGACGACCAGAUCACCAAGUCCGGUUCUGCACCCCGAGUAUACUGAACCCGAGCCCAUGGAGCAGACGAUGCAAGAGGCGUUGUUCAACCUCGGAGAGAUGGUAAAUACACACCUCAACGAUCUCACUAAAUGUAUUGGGCGCAUAAGAUCACUCAAGGUCGAUAGCGAGGUUCAGCGUCGGAUCGAAGCAUUCCUACAAGCCACGGGAGACCAAGCGCUCUGGAUUCAAGGCCCAGGUGACGUUUCGAUACCAUCCCAAAACACCAUGACGGCAGCUCUACUCGCCAGCAUCAUUUCACAGAACGCAGGCAUCUGCAUACAGUACUAUAAUAGUAUCACCACUAUGCAGGGCAGACAUCGAGAUCACCGCUUGGCGCUCGGUGUUCUGAUAACCUCUCUCACAGUACAGAUCCUCCUCGCUCUAGAAGCAGACGAAAUAGAGGCAGUGAAACACCUAGCUCCUCAGAUUGCUGACCUCGGCAACGGCGAGCUCUCAUACAACGAGGCCCUAGAGCUGCUCACUACACUUUGCAGGCUCUACCGAGAGACAUUUUCAUUGUCAUCGACUACUGCCAGGCAGGCAGCAGAAGGUUCAGCGCAGCCACCAGCACCGACGACCAAAAUUUGCAUGCUCACAGAUGGCUAUAUGAAUCUUCUGGGCCAAGCCAGACGGCGACGGCAGCUGGAUCACGUGGAGUAUGACAUGGACUCUCAUGAGCUCAACGUUGAUGCGACAGAGAGGAUGUCGUUAUAA